AUGAUCAGGCAGCUCAGGGAUGCCCGGAAACAGGUGCAGCUUCUGAAGGCUGCCUGGCGAAGGUUUGUUCCGCACAUUGACCUGGCGCAGGCUGUCCAUACGGUUGAGACGCAGACCACUCCCGACAGCACUCUCCAGGAGGGUUUCGAUCAUACAACGGAGACAUCAGGUCCCUUGGAAGAUAGCAUUGACGAAACAAUACACAACACAGUCGCUCCACCCUCUAAUGCCGACCAGGAGGACGAAAAAUGGGAUACGCUCGAAUGGAACGAAAUCAGGAGUUUGAGGAUAUCCUCAGAUGGUAUCGGGUCGCUGACGGUUAAUCCCAAGGGCUCUGGCUACAUGGGCCCUCAAUCAGGCAAUUCGUUAUUGCGGUAUUUACAGUCAAUCGCAAAUUUCUUCCCAAACACCGAUGGUUCUGGCGAUGGAAACCGAGACGAGUUUGGUGCGGAAAAGCUGCUCACUGCUCACGAGCCCCCGUCAUCUCAAAUGUUCAUGCAGUGUUGCAUUGACUGGUACUUCAAGCACUUUCAUUCAGCAUACCCGAUCCUACACGAAGGCUACUUUCGGGCCCAGAACAUGGGUGUGAUAGCCAAAUCACAAGAUGGCUCUUGGCCACUACUAUUCAACAUUGUACUCGCGCUGGGCGCAUUCGCCGGUCCGCAAAGUUCCAACAACUACGACAUCUAUUUCUUCAACCGAGCCCGCGAGCAUAUUAGCGCAGACAUUUUGCAAUGCGGAUCACUUCAGCUCGUUCAGGCGUUUGCACUGUUGGCAAACUACACCCAAAAGAGAAAUAUGCCCAACAGCGGCUUCACAAUGCUCGGCAUCGCGUACAACCUGGCCUUGGGUUUAGGCCUGCACCGAGAAUUCUCCGAGAAAGCCUCUUCUCCCUUCACCAUGGAGGUGCGACGUAGGGUCUGGUGGACUCUCUACAUUUUUGAUACUGGGGCACGCUUGACAUUUGGCCGACCAACGAUGGAGCUUCAUGGGACAAACAUCAAACCUCCCAAGAAUCUUCACGACAGCGACAUCUCGGUCGACAUUGAAUCAUUGCCCGCAUCACGCGAUGAACCAACGGCAGCUUCGUCUUUGAUAUGGCAGAGCAAGUUGGCCGCGAUAUCCAGCACUGUCAACACAACUCUGUUGGAGAGACAACUCCCCGAUCAACCUCGAAUUCUUGUCUUGGACGACGAGGUCAGUAAAUGGAAGCAGAGCCUUCCAUUAUACUUUUAUUCAGCACUGGACCCCGAAUUCACGUGGUUCGAGAUACCCCGGGCGGUGCUGCUGUGGCGAUCAUGGCAUUUGCGAAUCGUAAUGACUCGACCAUUCUUGCUGGAUGUUGUGCGUAACCGGAGAGCGUUGGUCCUGACGGAUGCAAACAGUGCAGUAGUGAGGUGCAUCAACUCUGCGCAAGAGUGCAUUGUGUCCAUCAACACAUUCUGUCACGGUCGAAGCGAAAUGCCCGGGGCUCUUGUUUGGUACGCAACGUACUGGCUUGUCACGGCCGUCUUUGUGAAUGUGACUUGCUUGAUUUAUGAUCCCUACAACGGCCUUAGCCCAGUGUGGAGGCAGCAAGCAGAAAGCUCCAAAUUGAUACUGGAAACAAUGGGUGCUGUUGAGCCUAUAGCCAAGCGGGCGGCUUUCAUUUUGAAGAAUAUCAUCGGACUCGUACCCAGCAGCCCAGACUCUACAAUCUUGGGCUAUAAUGAACCGACGCGAAUGGAGAUUGCCGAUGUGUGGGGACAGUCUUGGGCAAUGCCUCCAAUGUUUGAUCAGGAACUCCAAGAUAUCAUACAGAUGCCAAGAGAUAUGCUCAACAGUUAG